UCGCGCGAUCCGCUUCCCCCCCGACUGUAGCAGCGGACUGGUUUUUUCGUUCCAGCCGCCGCCACACUGCACCACAGGCCACGAGACCGGACCGGUUCGAACCGCCUUAUUUGCCCCGUCCUUUCCCGACCAGUCUCAGCUGCUGCCGUUUGCUGUGAUCGCCGGAAUCUGCCAAAAACCACCCGGUUUCCGUUCGAAAUUUCCAGCCCGCUCGUUCUCCCUCCUCCGGCCACUGUUUCCGACGAGUGAGGUACUCGGGCACCAGCGGACCCACAGGAGGGACCCUCAAAGGGUCAAGCGAACUCGGACACUCAAAUCAUGGGCCCUAAACGUGGUGGCACUCGUAGGGGAAUUCAACGGGCGUCUCGACUAAGAGGACUUGAUCCUUCUCCUGAGCCGGAGAACCUUCCGAUUCCGGGUCCGGUACCGGAACAUGUUGAGCAGUCUUAUGUAAGAGGUCUAGCAGGAGUUGUACCGGUGAUGCCCACUCCAUCGAUUGAUCCAAAUUUUCAGCAGACACUGGAGUUAUUAACCCAGGCCUUAUCCAGGACCGGGCAACCCAGAGAUGCAUCUUUGACAUAUGCAGACCAGGCUAAAAAGAUAGGGGUAGUGGAAUUUAAUGGUGAUGGUGAUCCCGCCGUGGCUGAAGAAUGGAUAGAGAUGGAAAGAAUUAUGGAUGCGAUGGAUGUCCCACAGGAGCGCAGAGUGGUUUUGGCUACCUUUUUCCUUUCCAGAAAUGCAAGGUACUGGUGGGAGUCAGUUAGAAGACAGUAUCAGGACCCAUCGGCCAUUACGUGGCAAGUUUUUUGGACUGCCUUUGUUGAGCAGUUCUAUCCUUUAGCCUACCAAAAUAUAAAGAUGGAGGAGUUCCUUCAACUUGAACAGGGCAUUAUGACGGUGUUAGAGUAUGAGAAGAAAUUCAAUGAAUUGUCUGAGUACUGUGCACCGCUUGUGGCGGAUGAAAGAGAGAAGUGUCAGCUGUUUACCAGAGGAUUAAAGACAUCCAUUCGUGACAUCGUAGUGGGACAGCGUUUGGCUAAUUUCGGAGAUUUGGUGAUGUCUGCCUCAUUAGUUGAACGCAGUCAGAUGAUGGUCCAAGGACGAAGUAAUUUCCGUAAACGACAAUAUGACAUGGGUGGUCUCAAUCAGGGGUCAUCCAAGCGAGGUAGUUUCAGCUCUCGAUCAUCCAGUGGUCAUAGCUGUGGAGGUUUUCGAGCUGGAGUAAGCUCCAGCGGAGGGUCCAACCAAAGUGGGAGUUCUGAUUCCGGAGAUAGCACAUUUAGUGGUUCAGGGAGACAGCUGCAGCCAGUUUUUAGUGGGAGGAAUCGCUCCCAGUGUGCUUUAUGCGGCAGGUUCCAUACCGGGCCUUGUCAGCAGGGCACUACUGGGUGCUAUCACUGUGGUCAGUCGGGGCAUUUUUGAAGGGAGUGCCCAAUGCUUCUGCGGAGUAGAGAAAUAUCCACUGGUCCAACCCAGGGGACGGGUGCACAGAGUAGAGUACUGAGUACAUCACAGAUUGUGGGGGCCUCAUCUAGUUGUGGGGCCCAAACUAGUAUGGCUAGCAUAGGUGGCAGACAGCAUAAGGGAGACGACCGUUUCAGAGGUAGCAUAUCCAGAGGUUUAGGGAGACAGCUGCAUCCAAUUUUUAGGGGGAGGAAUCGCUCCCAGUGUGCUUUAUGCGGCAGGUUCCAUACCGGGCCUUGUCAGCAGGGCACCAUUGGGUGCUAUCGCUGUGGUCAGUCGGGGCAUUUUCGAAGAGAGUGCCCGAUGCUUCUAUAGAGUAGAGAAAUCUCUAUUGGGCCAACCUAGGGGACGGGUGCACAGUGCAGAGUACAUAGUACAUCACAGAUUGUGGGGGCUUGUCUAGUAGUGGGGCCCAGACCAUGAUGGCUAGCAUAGGUGGCAGAUAGCAGAGGGGACGUGGUGGACGUUCUAGAGCUAUCGGGCGAGUACACAACAUGUCUUAGCAGGAGGCACAGGCGUCACCUGAUGUGAUCAUAGGUACAUUACCCUGGGGAUACGCACUGGGGAUACGCAUUCUUUUGUUGCACAUUGUUUUGCUCACAAUGCGAAUGUGAGACUUACGACCUUGUGUGAGGAACUUGCUAUUUCUGUACUCAUGGGAGAUGUCUUUACAGUUGGUGUAGUGUACAGGGGUAGCAUGGUUUUGGUAGGGGAUGUAAUUCUGGAGGCAGAUUUAAUUCCUUUAGAUAUGGUGGAUUUGGAUGUUAUUCUGAGUAUGGAUUGGUUAGCUAAGCAUUGUGCUUCGGUCGAUUGUUUCCGGAAGGAGGUCGUACUCCGUAGUCCAGGACAACUUGAGGUGACUUUCUGUAGUGAGCGUAGAGUUCUUCCAACUGCCUCAUAUCAGCUAUGACGGCAAGACGGUUGCUCAAAAAGGGGUGUUUAGGAUACUUGGCUCACGUAAUUGACACUCGGGAUAAUGGAUUGAGGUUGGAGGAUAUUCCAGUGGUACGGGAAUUUCCGGAUGUGUUUUUUGAGGAUCUUCGUGGAUUACCUCCUCAUCGGGAGAUCGAGUUCACCAUUGAGCUCGUUCCAAGGACGAACCCUAUCUCUCAGGCACCGUAUAGAAUGGCAACAACUGAAUUAAGGGAGUUGAAAACUCAGUUGCAGGAGUUGGUGGACAAGGGUUUCAUCUGACCCAGUUUCUCUCAUUGGGGUGCACCAGUUCUAUUUGUGAAGAAUGAUGGCACCAUGAGGUUAUGUAUUGAUUAUAGACAGUUGAAUAAGGUUACAGUGCGGAUCAGAGAAGAGGAUGUGCCUAAGACUACUUUCUAAACAAGAUAUGGUCAUUAUGAAUUUUUGGUGAUGCCUUUUGGAUUGACUAAUGCGCCAGCAACAUUUAUGGAUCUGAUGAACAGAGUGUUCCGACGUUACUUGGAUUGCUUUGUGAUUGUGUUCAUAGAUGAUAUUCUUGUAUAUUCUAAAAUUCAAAAGGUGCAUAUGAAGCAUGAGUUGAAACCUUGUAUAUUCUACUCCUGAUUUGGAACUUGCUGCUGAACGGUUGGGAUUAGAAAUGGAUUUUGUACAGGUGGAAGAUUUUUGGGAAA